AUGAGGAGGAGAUUUUUCAUGCGAGGUUCAUUCCAUGUCCCUUUCACUUUUUCACACCAUCACCCAGAUGUUUCCGGAUUCACAGAUUUUGUCAAGGCAGUGAACCCUUCCACAUACCGAGAAGACUUUUUCCUUGCUCGGCUGUGGUUUCACUCUUUUAAUUGCUCAGAUUCUGAGUCUGACUGUGUAACAUGGGAGAACUGUCCUCACAAAGCCUCCUUGGAUUGGUUGCCAGGGCACAUUUUUGACAUGACUAUGUCUGGAGACAGUUACAAUAUAUACAAUGCUGUGUAUGCUGUGGCCCAGGCUCUCCAUGAGAUGCUACUACAUGAAACAGAAGUACAAACAAUAGAAAACAGGAAUGAGACAGUGCCUUCCCCUGCACAGCUGCACCCUUUUCUGAAGAACACCCAAUUUCAGAAUCCUGCUGGAGAUCAGGUGAUUUUAGAUAACAAAAAAAAAUUGGAGGCAGAGUAUGACAUUGUGAACAUUUGGAAUUUUCCACAAGGUCUUGAUCUUAAGGUGAAAAUAGGACAUUUUUCUCCAUUUGCUCUACAUGAUCAUCAACUAUCUUUAUCUGAAGAUUUGGUAGAGUGGGCCAUAGGAACUACAGAGCCUGUUCAUUCUGUCUGCAGUGAGAGUUGUGGUCCUGGAUUCAGGAAAUCCCUUCAGGAGGGAAAAGCUGCCUGUUGCUUUGAUUGUACCCCUUGCUCAGAGAAUGAGAUGGCUAAUGAGACAGACAUGGAGCAGUGUGUGAAGUGUCCAGAUCACCAAUAUGCCAACACACAGAGAAACCAGUGCCUCCCAAGAACUGUAAGCUUCCUGGCUUAUGGGGAGCCCUUGGGGAUGGCCUUGGCCUGCAUGGCUCUUGGUUUAUCUACACUCACAGUAGCUGUUCUUGGGGUCUUUGUGAAACAUCACAACACCCCCAUUGUCAAGGCAAAUAACCAGGCUCUCAGCUACAUCCUGCUCUUCUCCCUCAUCUUUUGUUUCCUCUGUUCCUUGCUCUUUAUUGGCCGUCCCAACACAGUCACUUGCAUUUUACAGCAAACCACAUUUGGGGUUGUAUUCACUGUCGCUGUUUCUGCUGUUUUAGCCAAAACUGUAACUGUGGUUCUAGCCUUCAAGGUCACUUCUCCAGGGACAAAGAUGAGGUGGUUGCUGGUGUCAGGGGCUCCUAACUUCAUCAUUCCCAUCUUCACCCUGAUCCAGGUGACUCUCUGUGGACUCUGGCUGGGAACCUCUCCUCCCUUCAUUGACACAGAUGCAAACUCUGAACAUGGACACAUCAUCAUCCUGUGUAACGAGGGCUCCCUUGCUGCCUUAUACUGUGUCUUGGGAUACCUGGGCUCCCUGGCCCUGGCCAGCUUCACUAUGGCUUUCCUGGCCAGGAACCUGCCUGACACCUUCAAUGAAGCCAAGUUCCUGACCUUCAGUAUGCUGGUAUUCUGCAGUGUGUGGCUCACCUUCCUGCCUGUCUACCACAGUGCCAAGGGCAAGGUCAUGGUGGCUGUGGAGGUCUUCUCCAUCUUGGCCUCCAGUGCAGGGCUUCUGGGCUGCAUCUUUGUCCCCAAGUGCUACAUCAUCUUGAUAAGGCCUGAUAUAAAUUGUGUGCAUGGCUUUAGGGAUAGAAAAUUCCCUGGGCAAAUUAAGCCCUCCUAA